CUUCGUGCCUCGGCCUUCUCUUCCCUCCGGUCCGACGUCGCUCGCAUGGCGCUGUCGCCGUGGGACUCCUUGCGGGACUUCGCCGGCUUUCGGGGAGCAGAGCGGAAGCCGGUGACAGGGCGCCUGGCUGUGCCCCCUCCGGAGAACGAGCCACCGGUGCCCGUCAGUGCGGCCGACAGGGUGAAGCAGCGAUUGGCGGCGCUGAGAGGUAAUGCCACGCCGCAGCGCAUCCCUGGAAUAGCGCAGCGUGCGAGCAAAGCUAAGAAAGAGGAGGAUGAGGAGGCAGAGCUCUUGGCCUUCCGCUGCCCGGGGCGGUGCGGGCACCGCUGGGUGACCGGGCGGGGCGCCACCGCUUCGGAGCAGAUUUGCAAGUGGUGCGGGGAGUCCGUGGUGGGCGUGCCCAGCAAGGGCAGCGUCUUCUGCGAGAUUGACCAAGACGCGGCCAGCGCCGGCGAGGUGGUGCGGAUCCGCCUGGAGCAGCACGUGGCGCCGGGCUGGGCGACCUUGGAGCUGGAGGACCGCUUGGUGCAGUUUGUGCGCUCUGAGGUGAAGUUUAUCUCCCAGUUCUUCGACAAGGAUGGGGUCAGAGAUUACAUCGCCUACCGACAAGGCAGGAUGCUGGAGGAGGCCGAAGGCCGAGACCGCAACAAGGACGCUCUGCUCGUGGAGCGCCUGGCGCGGGUCGUGGAGGCGCUGUGCAAGGCGGAAUUCACUGGCAGCAUGCGGGCGGGAGAGGCGGACGCCAAGCUGCAGGCGCUGUUGGAGGGGGACAUCCGCUUCGCGGUGCUGUCUGCGCCGGAGCGCGACGCCAAGGGAGCUGUGGUCACCGCGGAGGUGGACUUCCGCAUCAUGCUGGAUGUGGAGGAUCGAAUCGCGGACAAAGCGGACGAUCGGCUGCAGCAGCUGCGCAAAGUCGCAGCGGAAAUCGACAAGAAGGUCCUCGCCAAGAGCCAGAAAGAUGUCGCAACGGGAGACCAUCCGCGGCAGCUGCUGGCGGCCAUGAUCGCCAGCCUGGACUGGCGUCGUGGGCUGAGCGACAACCUCGGCCGCGAGGGCCACGACCGCAUCCGCUGCAUGACGUGCAGGUUUCUGGAAGAAGACUGCAGCACCGACAUUGCGAGGUCAAGGGAGGUGCGGCAAGCGCUGCGCGCCCUGCCGAGCUUCGUCUUCACCGCCCGGGUGGUGUUGGUUCGCACGGACGGCCAGGAGGACUGGCAGAGCAAGGCCGACCUGUUGGAAGCAGUGGCACAGACCAAGAGCAACCAGUGCCUUGUGCGGGCCCGGCCUGAGCUCUUCUCUUCCCCCGAGUGGCUGCAGAGCGCGGUGGAGCGUCUCCAAGCGCUGGCAGCGCCUGUGCCAAAGUCGGCGCCUUUGAGCCUCUCGGGGCUCGUUGGCCUGGGCCGCUCCGCCCAAAAUCUGCGAGUGGCCGAGGAAGUGAAGUUCGAAGCCAUUUGCGACAUCCCGGGCUUUCUGCAAUCCUUCCUGGAUCCGAGCGGGGCGUGGCUGGGCCACGUGCGGUGGUGUGAUGCCUCGCAGGAGCUGCUGGGAGUGAAGACUGCGCCUGUGUCUGCCAAAGGUCUGCAGGACGCGCGGCGCACCUUUCGAGCAUACUGCGCCUUAGAAGAACUCCCAACCUUUGUGGACUUCUUGCGGGACUUCCGCCAGAAAGGCGCAGCACAAGCCCGGCCGCAGCCGCGGCUGCCCAAGCCGCGGCAAGAGCAGAACCUUCAGGAGGCGAGCGGCCGCCGCUCCCGGAGCCGAAGCCGGCGGAGCCCGCGGAGCCCGCGGAGUCCGCGGAGUGCGCGGAGCCCGCGGAGCCCGCGGGCGCGGGCGCGGCGGUCGCCGUCCUACGGCGCCUACCGACCGCCGGGCGCGCCGAGCCCGGAGAAGCCGCCCGGCAAAAACGCCGCAAUGGGCGGGCGCUGGCGGCUGGUCCUGAUCAGGCCAAACUCCAAGGUCAUUAUCAAGUUCUUGCAGGUGAUGCAGAAGCACGGCUACAUUGGUGACCUGGAGAUCAUAGAUGACCAUCGUGCUGGCAAGGUUGUUGUGGAGCUCAUUGGUCGCAUCAACAAGUGCGGCGUGAUCUCUCCUCGGACCACCACAUAUGGCAUCAUGGACCACGAGGAGGCCCGUCGCAAGCACGUCGGCGGCAAGAUUGUGGGCUUCUUCUUCUGA